AGAAGGAACUUUAACCAUGAGUGGAAGAGGCAAGGGUGGCAAAGGACUCGGCAAAGGAGGCGCCAAGCGUCACCGUAAAGUUCUCCGUGAUAACAUCCAGGGCAUCACCAAGCCCGCUAUCCGUCGUCUGGCUCGCCGCGGCGGAGUGAAGCGCAUCUCCGGUCUGAUCUACGAGGAGACCCGCGGUGUGCUCAAGGUGUUCUUGGAGAACGUCAUCCGUGACGCCGUCACCUACACUGAGCACGCCAAGAGGAAGACUGUGACCGCCAUGGAUGUGGUGUACGCUCUGAAGAGACAGGGCCGCACUCUGUACGGUUUCGGCGGUUAAACUCCUUCACCCUAAUCCAUCAAACGGCUCUUUUAAGAGCCACCCACUUCACUUUGAGAGCUUUGUUCUGUGAUUGUGUUAUUUUAGUCAUGUUUUGGCAGAAACUUCUAAAAGUUUUAGUGAAAUACCUGC